GCUGCCACCUUUCAGAUUCAGCCCAACCACCUGACGAAAUGGAGAUGCGUCUGGUGUUGCUCUCCCUGGCUUCUUUGACCUUUGUCUUCUUCACUCGUCCUUUAAGGGUUGAAGCCUGCAGAAUCGCCACCAGUAGUGAAUGCGCCAAAGCUCAGUUUGUGCCCGGGCACAAUCUGGGAGGUGAAGGUUUCAACAUCGUCACCAUGAAGCGCACAGGUGCCUACGUCAUCAACAUGGAUAAGGUAGACAAGGCCAACGGUACUUGCAUGUUGUGCACAAACACCCAUGAAAAAAAAGUCCAGCAAAAGCUGCCUAUUUCGAUGGUGGAUUGGCGUCCAGUUCCUCGGUGCAAGAUGAGCGUUUACAGCAAGGUGUACGAGUCCAGUGAGUCUCUAUUGAACAACACUGGCUCCAACAUUAAAAACGACUGGAAGGUUGGCCUGGAGAUAAAAGCCGAUCCCAGGUUCCAGCCAUCCUUGAUGCUUGGAGGAUCCCAUUCCAGAGCUGCUAAUUUUGCCAUGGAGAAAUCAAAGAAAGAUAAAUACAGCUUUGCCAAACACGAGGUACACUGCGAAUUCUACAAGUACAGAGUGCAGUCCACUCCAGUCGUGAGUGAUGAGUUCUCCCAGUCCUUCAAGGCUCUUCCUAAUCGAUACUCCCGUGACACAAAGUCCCAGUACCGAUCUAUCAUUGACAUCUACGGCACCCACUUCAUGAGACAAGUGUCCCUAGGUGGAAGGGUGAAGAGCAUCACGGCUAUCAAGACGUGCGAGGCUUCCUUGAAUGGCCUGACUGACUCAGCUGUGAAGGACUGCCUUGACGUGGAGGCAUCAGCUACCAUCUUACAAAUGGCCACAGUCAAGACCGAGGCUCAUUUCUGUCGGGAGAAACUGAAAAAGCUGAAAAACUCUCAAAGCUUCAGUGCCACUUUCAAUGAGCGCCACUCGGAGAUCAGUGGAGGGGAAAUGAAUGUAGGGGACCUCCUCUUCUCCUCCACCUCAGAUCCCAAAGCCUACAGUAAUUGGUUUCCUAGUCUGAAGAGUACUCCUGACGUCAUCUCCUACUCCCUCGCCCCUCUCCACAGACUUUUCCCUAAAGAUCCCCGGAGCAAACAUCUGAAGUCCGCUCUGAAAGAUUACAUCUUUGAGCACGCUGUUUUGAGGAGCUGCUCCAGCAAGUGUUCAGUUGGUUCACGUACGAGCGUCAGGGAGCCGUGCAACUGCGUAUGCCAUGGUGACAAUGCCGUAAAAGCCAACUGCUGUCCUGUUGAAAAGGGGCUGGCUAAAUUGACCGUGAAAAACAUGAGGGCUACAGGCCUGUGGGGUGACUAUUUUACCAAAACUGAUGGUUCUGUGAAGGCUUCAUAUGGUGCAGAAUUUCAACGUACUGCAGUCAUCGACAACAAUGACAACCCUGUGUGGAGAGAUACAUUCAACUUUGACAACAUCAAGCUAUCCAUGACUAACAAUCUCAUAUUUGAAGUCUAUGAUGCGGACUAUAAUUGGAACUCUGACCUGCUGGGAAAAUGCACCAUCUCAUUGAAAAACGGGGACCACGAUAGUUUGUGUGCCUUGAAUCAUGGCACUUUUUACUACUCCUACAAGGUGACGUGUGCCCCCAGUUUAGGUGGUGCAGAGUGUGACGAAUAUAUUCCUUCUGGUAUGAGCACCGAGCUGACAAAGAGUUACGUGUCCAGAAACGCCAUCCACGUCCCGCUUAGUCUCUUGCCACAACUCUAUCAUGGCUAUGUUCCGUGGCCAUUGAAUGGGACCCAAGAACAUACAGUAAAGAACCCUGACUUGAGAAUGAAGAACAAGACGAUGUUUUCUCCAAUAUGAAGAGCUCCCAAAUCCCAGAAUCAUUGGGGGUCAAGUGGCUCAAGAGUUAACCAAUCACGAGCUCGGCACAAUCAACCUGCUCUGCAUCACAAGCAAGCCCCUCCCCUUACAAGCUUUAACCCCACCCCAUCUUAAUUUGUUAGGCAACACUUAUGAUUUCUCAGUCACAUGAUAGGAGUGAGAAAUGCAGUGCCUGCAGAACGUACUCAGGCCCCUUCACUUGAGCAACACUCAGUAACCCCAAAAACAGGACUUCAGACCUUUUUGCAAAUUUUAAUAAAAACCUGAAAUAUCACAUUGAUACAAGUAUGAAGACCCUUAAUUAGUACUUCAUUGAAGCCCCUUGUGGCAGCAAUCCCAGCCUAAAGACAUCAAGGGUCUGACGUGACAAACUUCACACACCUGGCCAUGGGGAUUUUCUGCCAUUCACCUCUACAGAUCUUCUCAAAUUCAGUCAGGUUAGGUUGAGACCAUCAGUGGACAGCUAUUUACAGAUCUCUUCAGAGAUGUUCAUUUGGGUUCACGUCUGAUCUCCGACUUGGCCACUCAAGGACAUUGACAGAGUUGACCCUAAGUCACUCCUGUGUUGUCUUUGCUUUGUCCAGUUUCAAAGUGAACCUUCUACUGAAUCUGAGGUCCAGAACACUUAAAGAAGGUUUCUAUCAAGGAUAUCUCAAUCCUGACUAGUCUCCCACUCCCUGGCUUUGAAAAACAACCCAAACCAUGAUGCCACCCACAUUGCACAGGUGAUGACCAGUGCCUGGUUUCCUCCAGAUGUGAUGUCUAGAGUUGAGAUCAAUCCUUCCAGAGAAUCUUAUUUCUCAUAGUCUGAAUGUUCUUUAGAUGCCCUUUUGUCCCUUUCAGGUGUCACUUGGCCACUCUGUCAUAAAGCUCAGAUUAGUUGCAGUGGUGGCUGUUCUUCUAGAAGUUUCUCCCAUCUUUACUCAGGUCCUCCGGAGCUCAACCAGAGUGACCAUUAGGUUCUUGGUCAACUCUCUUACCAAGUCCUUUUUCUGAUUGCUCAGAUUGGUUGAGUGGCCACCUCUAGGAGGCGCCCUGACUAUUUCUGACAUUCUUCCAUUUAAAAACGAUGGAAGUUCUUGGAAACUUUUAAUGCUGCAGACAUUUUCUGUAGCGUUUCCCAGAUACAAUUCUUUCUCUGAGCUCUGCGGCCAAUUCCUUCAAUGUUAUGACUUGUUUUUGUGCUCUGAUACACAAUGUCGGCUUCUACAGACGUGUGUGCGCCUUUCCUAAUCAUGUCCGAUCAACUGAAUUGGCCACAGGUGGACUCCAGACAAGGUGUAGAAACAUCUCAGUGAUGCUCAAGAGCCAAAGUAACGGGUCUGAACACUUGUUUCAAUAAGAUAUUUCAGUUUUUCACUUGUAAUAAAUGCUCAAAGCUUCCUAAAAUCCUGUUUUCGCUUUGUCAUUUUGGGGUAUCGAGUGUUGUUGGACGAGGAGGAAAAAAUGAUUGAAAUGAUUUUAGCACAAAGCUGCAACAUAACAAAACACAAAGAAAGUGAAAUGGUCUGAAUACUUUCUGAAGGCAAAGUAAAAACGGAGCACAGUCAUUACCACGUGCUCAAGCAUUGUGUGGUCAGCAUACAUCUCAUUGCAGUUUGAACUUUUAGGUUAGUCAUUUUGUGUAUUUUACUUUACUGUUUCAUUUAUUUUACUGAUUUUUGAUCCCAGCCUGCUUUUGGUUUUGCUUUGUAG